UCUGUAAAAACUGAGCUGGGAUAACGGAGGCAUUCAUGGCACUGAGUGGGCGGUGAAGGGGAGGAGAAAGGGGCUGUAACCUGGUUGCAAUGUGCAGAGUUCAAGGCUGUUCUCCACCUUCCCCAACUCACAUGUGAAGCUUUUGUAGCUGUUUGUUGCCCUCAUACGUGCACACAUUCACCAUCGCACGUGUUGUAUUACUUAUAUUGACGUGGCCGUUUACUGUAGCGAUAAACUCAACCUGCUGCUGCUGCUUUGAUUUGCUGUGCUUGUUAUCUAGACACUUAUUCUUCUCUGUCACGUGACUUCACAUUUUACACAACUAAAAAAAAAGUCAGAGAGACGCAUUAAACACUCAGAGUUCAAAUAAGUACAAAGUGCUGCUUCGUUGUGCUGCCAGUAAUCUUUUGACAGUGAUUUCGGAUGGACAGCGCUGAGCCUAAUGGCCUUCCUCACCACAGGAAACCUUAUCUGGCCAUCGCCCUGGAUGAAGCGCAGCUGGACGUUCUGGGGCAGCGGGUAGAAAAGAAGUCCCAGUCAUUGUUGGAGAGGGUGAAGGCAAAAUGUUGGUGUUCUGGUCCUAGAAUGAAGAGCCUCCUGCUGGGCUUCAUUCCCAUCCUGUCAUGGCUGCCGCGGUAUUCCAUCAGAGAAAACGCUCUCGGAGAUCUGAUGUCUGGAGUCAGUGUCGGGAUCAUGCAUCUGCCACAGGGGAUGGCCAAUGCCAUGUUGGUAGGAGUUCCUCCAGUGUUUGGGCUGUACACGUCGCUCUAUCCUCUCAUCAUCUACUUCAUCUUUGGCACUUCCAGACACCUCUCCAUUGGUACUUUUGCUGUCCUUGCCAUCAUGAUUGGUUCAGUGACAGCUAAGGUGGAGUUGCUUAGCAGCAGCGAUGAAGAGAGUCAGAUUGCAGUGGAAGCCACCAAAGUGAACCUGGCUGUACAAGUCACCUUCCUCUGUGGCCUCAUGCAGCUGCUACUGUACCUGCUGCUGGGAGGCGGUGUGUGUCGCUGGCUGUCUGAGCCAGUAAUUAAAGGAUAUAUGAUGGCAGCAGCUCUUCAUGUGGUCGUCCUGCAGCUGCCACUGAUGACGGGGAUUCCUGCUCAGAGAUACACCGGACUGCUGCCUUCAGCCUGGACUUUAAAGGACAUUCUGUCCGGAGUGACCGGUGUCGUACCAGGAACUCUGUCAGUCUCAGUGGUUUCAGCAGCGAUGCUCAUCGGGGGAAAGAUUCUGAACGAGCGCUUUAAGAACAAGCUGCCUGUUGCUAUACCAUGGGAACUUAUACUGAUCGUCCUGGGCACCAUCCUGUCGGUGCAGAUGGAUCUGGCUGGACAGCAUGGAGUCCAGGUGGUGGGACGCAUACCCAGUGGCUUGUCUCCUCCAGUCCUUCCCUCCAUCUCUCAGACCAGAGAACUGUUUAUUCCAGUUCUGUCCACAGCUCUGGUGGGAUUCAGUUUCCUCUCAGCGAUGGGUUCAGUAUUCGCCAACAAACACGGCUACCGGUUCGACCCCAAUCAGGACCUGCUGGCUCUGGGUCUUUGUAACACCAUUGGAUCCAUGUUUCAGUGUUUUGCCAUCAGCUGCUCCUUUUCUCGCAGUAUGGUCCAGGAAAGUAUCGGUGUCAAAUCACAGAUGGCAGGUCUGUUAUCAGCUCUGAUGAUUCUGACUAUCCUGUUGAAGAUCGGUCAUUUCUUUGAGCAGCUGCCAAAGGCAGUGCUGGCAGUCAUCAUCGUGGUGAACCUGCAAGGGAUCCUGGCUCAGUUCAAAGAUGUGUGUCUGUACUGGAAGGCUGACAGAUUAGACUUGCUGGUGUGGGUAGCGUCGGUUAUUUCCACCCUGAUCUUUAACCUAGACCUGGGUCUGGCUGUGGCCGUCGGCUUCUCUCUGCUGGCUCUCAUCUACAGGAUGCAGCACUCCUCCACUGUUGUUUUGGGUCAUAUUCCUGCGACAGACUGUUACAGAGAUGUGGGACUCUACCUGGAGGCCAGACCGGUUCCUGGGGUCACUAUACUCUCAUGUUCCAGCCCACUUUACUUUGCCAACUCUGAACAGACUUUCAAACAGAUCACACAGAUGGUGAGUCACGGUCAGAAGGAGAACCCAGCUGGAGGACAAACCUCCUCCACCUCCUCUUCAACUCCUAAUCACUGCCUGGUUCUGGAUCUGAGCUCCGUCUCCUUCAUGGACUCUGUGGCCGUGACGGCGUUUAUUAAGGUUGUGGAGGAUUUGGACGUCCAGGCCGUCAGAGUGUUUCUGGCUUCCUGCCCAGAGAGAGUUUUCUUCCAGCUCCAGACUCAGGGUUUGAUUCCAGACCUCCUGUCCAGCUCCUGUCUCUUCCCAUCCGUCCAUCACGCCGUCCAGCACUGUCUCAGCGUCCUGCCCACGGCUCUGCAGGAAAUCAACUUGGAUGCAUGCGAAUGUUGAACCUACAGCUUCUGCAUUUGUACAUGAAUUAUAAUUUAACAGUGUUACAGAAAAGAAGCUUCCACACAUAAACUGAUGAGAAACAAUCACAACUUCGUUUUACCACAAAAGAACACUUUCACAGUAUAUAUGUGCCUGUAUUUCUCACAAUUUUCCAGACAAUAAAUGUAAUUUUUGUUCAGUUUGUGUCGUCAUUGAUCCAAUUAAAGGCACAUCUGAGGAAAAAAAAGUUCUGGUCAACCUCUGAGUAACCCUAAUCCUACCCCUCACCUAACCCUAGACUGUAAGUAAAGGGAGCCUAACCCUAAUCAUAACCCUACCCCUACACCUGCUCUAACCCUAACCAAACUCUAGCCCUUUCUGCUGCUCUGUACUAAUAACUGAUGGAAUUCAAACCUACAACUGGCCGUUUAUGAGGCUUUGUCCUUUAAGUAAUUGAGGUUUCAGUGACAAUGCAGGGAGUUAUCUGCAGAACUCAUCAGUCAUUACAGCUCUAUCAUAAAUCUACAGAAUUUUUUUCCCCUUCCCACUGUUGCCAAGUGCUUGCUUAAAGGGAAUCCAAGGGAAACUUUUGAUUUUGGGGGGUAUCUCUUUAUAAAUUUCACAAGAGGUGAUUUACACCGAUCAGACAUAACAUCAUGACCACCUGCCUCAUGUUGUGUUGGUCCCUCUUAUGUGGUGGACGAUGCUCUGAACCAUUGGGUCUGGACAGGAGGACCUCUUCGGGUGUCCUAUGGGGUGAUGUGAUGGUAGACCGGAGAGGAGUGUAAUUGUUCUGGGGCAGUGUUUAUUUUGGUGUCCAAGUCUCACUAACAUGGAUGCCAGAAUCCAAAGUUCUCCAGCAGACAACCUCAUAGAACCAAUAAGAUUGAUGAUUUUCCUGUCAGUGGUUUUAAUGUUGAGAAUGAUCGUGUGUGUUGUGAACUGGUACUAUACAAAUAAAACUGAAUUGAAUGUAAACUUU